CUCUCGCUCCACAGCCGCGCAACUAGCUCGAGAGUCGGUCACACUAACGUCCGGAACGCCGCUGUCCUCUUGUACCCUCAAACCUUCUCUCACCUAAUUUACUCACUCGAACACGAAAGAAGAACGACAGCCAUGCAGGAGAACACGCGGUUCUUCAUGUGGCUUCAACUUUUCUCCGCUGCUCUGGUGUUCGGGGUUAACGGUGAUUACUGUGAGGUGAAUGUCUGCAGUAAUGGUGGCACCUGUGUGACUGGAGCAGGAGCUCCGUUCAUCUGUAUCUGUCCUGACGGCUUCUCUGGAGAUACCUGCAAUGAGACUGAGACUGGACCCUGCAAACCCAACCCAUGCAAGAAUGAUGCCAUCUGUGAGGUGACCGGUCACUCCCGCAGAGGUGACGUCUUCAGCGAGUACAUCUGCAAGUGCGAGCCAGGCUUUGAAGGAGUCCAUUGCCAGAACAGUAUCCAAGGGGCAGAUUUAAUGUCGAAACAAGACAUAAACGACUGUGCCGGCCAGCCAUGUGAGAAUGGAGGUACCUGCAGGGACCUGGAUGGAGAUUUCAAAUGCCACUGCCCUUCACCUUAUGUGGGCAAACAUUGCCAACUGCGAUGCAUUUCUCUGCUCGGCAUGGAGGGAGGAGGUAUCGCCGAGUCCCAGAUCUCGGCCUCAUCAGUCCGCUACACCCUGCUGGGCCUGCAACGCUGGGGACAUGAGCUCGCCCGCCUCCACAACAAGGGACUGGUUAAUGCCUGGAGUUCUGCCACACACGACAGGAACCCAUGGAUAGAGAUCAACCUGAAGAGGAAAAUGCGUGUCACAGGUAUCGUCACUCAGGGUGCCAGUCGCUUAGGAACAGCUGAGUUCAUCAAAGCCUUUAAGGUGGCGUCCAGCCUCGAUGGCAAGACAUACACCAUGUAUAGAACGGACGGACAGGCAAAGGACCAGGUAUUUGUGGGAAAUGUAGACAACGACGGCACCAAGACCAACUUGUUUGACCCUGCAAUCAUUGCCCAGUACAUCCGCAUUGUCCCUGUGGUGUGUCGCAAGGCCUGCACCCUGCGCAUGGAGCUGGUCGGCUGUGAGCUCAAUGGUUGUUCAGAGCCGAUGGGCAUGAAGUCCCGAUUGCUGUCUGACGGUCAGAUCACGGCCUCCAGCACUUUCCGCACCUGGGGCAUCGAGGCCUUCACCUGGUUCCCUCACUACGCCCGACUGGACAAACAAGGCAAGACCAACGCUUGGACCGCCGCCACCAACAACCGAUCUGAGUGGCUGCAGGUGGAUCUCCGGUCCACCAAGAAGGUCACGGGAAUCGUCACGCAGGGAGCCAAAGAUUUUGGCUCCGUCCAGUUUGUCACCGCCUUCAAAGUGGCUUACAGUGAUAAUGGACAUUCCUGGACCAUUGUGAAAGACGAGACCACGAAGGUGGACAAGAUCUUUCCAGGCAACAGCGACAACAAUGUUCACAAAAUGAACAUCUUUGAGCCGCCGUUCUACAGCCGAUAUGUUCGCUUUCUACCGUGGGAGUGGCACGAUCGCAUCACCGUACGAAUGGAGCUGCUGGGCUGUGAUGAAUAAAAUCGCCGGUUUGAUUUUUUCCUCCAUCCACACCCCCGCCACCCCUCACCCCCAGCUCCUCUCCACCUUCUCCCCUUCUCCCCCCCCAUCACACUCCAGCACUGCACCUGCACUGCCUUGCUCUCAUCCCUAGGGGGCAGCAAACACCAGAGCAGCACAUCACCUCUAACCACUGUCACCAGGGUGUGGAUUGGGUUUUGUUUCUUGAAUUGCACCUGAACCAAAUCUGUGAUCACUUUAACAACAGACACGAUGUCUUCUUUGUAACCAAGCAGAGCUGAGGUCAGAUUUUUUUAUCUCUAUGUCCUGGCUAAAUCCUAGGUGGUGAGUCCUUCAUCCUUGUUUCAGAGGUCAUGGGUAGAAAUACUGCUGCCGUAUCACUUGGUGCUGCCUGGGCUCUGAUCCCAGAUCACUUCUCCCUGGGACAUUGAACCUCCAAGACCCAUGGCUGGUGAUGUACAGAAUCUCGCCCUGUAACUGGACUAACAAUCCCCUCGCAACACACAGAAUAUAAAUUAUACAGGAUACAUUGAUGCUUUUGAUUCUUAUUUUUCAUGUUGAGACAGUUUGUGUUUUUUCAGUAUUUUCCCACACUUCAUUUUCUAUACUAUACAUUGUGUUUGAACUGCAUUUACAUAGAGAGUGUAGUAGCCAGUAAGAGGCUAAUAUCUAACCUUAAUUUCACUGACCCUGUGUGUGAAGUUGUCGUCCAGCUCUUUCAGUUACAUGUGGCUUAUUUGGUUGCAGUUGGUCUAAUCAGGGUGAAGUUUUGUGCCAACACACCCGCAGGUUUUUUGUUCCUCUGGGGUUAUGUAGAAAAAUGCAUCACAGUGCGCUGAUGUAGAUCCAUACAAACAAAGAAAGUUAUCAAAUACAUUACAUUUCAUCUGGGCUCAUAUGACAGUUAGUGCAGUAUUCGUACGUUGGCUGCUCCAGCUGAUGUGGAUCAGAUUACAUUUUUGUGUGGAGCUUUUUUCUCACUCUCGAUUCUUAGAAAAACUUUACAGCUGGUCACUGUUUCUUACUAACAGGAUUCUUUGAACGAUAAAUAGCUCAUGUGCGUUGUACACCACUCUAGAGUUCUCUGUUUUUGCAACAGUAUUAAAUCAAUAAUUGCAUGUAUUAGUUGGUUAAAACGGUGUAAAUACUAACGAUGGACGUCUCAGGUCAAACCGGAUCUGCUACUCAUGAACAGCAAAUGCUACUGAAAUGCAACUAAUCCACUCACUCAGCUGUGCGUCGAGUUGUGUUUACACAGUUUAGCUUUUUUAUGGCACUUUUGGUGUUUGUGUUUUGAUAUUUGAAAUAACCAAAAACAAAAGAAAAAAACAGUAUUGUGCAUUUAAGAACAAACUGUAUACAUAUUGAUUAUUACUCAUAGAAGAGAAAAAAAGAGAUAAAACCGUCUUGUGGUUCAGUUGUUAAAGUAAGUUUUCCAAUUCUGUUCGUUUUAACAUGAGUUUUGUGUUAAAAUGUGAUGUGCAUAUAUGCAGUGCACAGUACUUCAGUACUGGAUUCUGCUCAUAGUAGUGGAUGUUAAUGUUUGCUGCAAACCAUUUAUUUAGGGUUCAACGUUGUGUCUCCAGUUUAAGGCUGUGGUGGCGCUGAUAAGACUGUCAGGGGGAAACCAAAUUAAAACAGAUUUUUACGGUUGCACUGCGCGCGUGACACGACCCGCCGUAUCAUCUGCUUCUGCCGCCCCCAUCACACUAUUCUAAACCUUUCCACCCCCAUGAAUUAUGAAUUAAGGGCUUGUGCAAUAUUAUACUGUGGUAGUGGAACAAUGGAUAUUCAUUCAAGGUCCUUAAAAAUGCAUGAGCAGUGUCAUCAAGAGGUUGAGGAUGGAUGUUGGUGUCAAACACUGUACAGUAUUUAUUAAGAUUGCAGAAGAUUCCAUAAGCAGUCACCCUUGUUAUCCACGUCUGCAUGCUUUCUGUCCACGAGUGUUGCUCGAUUCAAGUUAAAGUGAUAUUGCUUAGUUUUUUUCUUCUAGAUAUUCACCAACUUUAAAGCUAUAAUAGCCCACUGUUCAGGUUUUCUCUAAUUAAUCAGAAAAAAAAGAAAAGAAAAUUGAUGACAUUUAUGUGUUUUUAUGGUUACAUGGGUUUGUUCUCUUGCUAUUUUGACUGUUCGCCUCUGGAUUUGGAGGUUGUUUUUUAUUUUUGUUUUUUUUUCUCCCGGUCGUAUUUCUAAGAGAAGUCCUUUAUGUUUGGCCUUUGUAUCUAAAAAUGAAGAAUAAAUAAAGAAUUUAGGAAAAAAAAAAAAACAUU